UUUUGUUCUGUCCUCUCCUGCUAAAAUAAACUGAUACACAAAAAAAGUCAGAGGACCUAAGUGGGCCUCCUGUGGUGAUUAUUGUGAAUUACAGCGCUGCAAAUGGAGUCAAAUGAACUUAAGCAGGAACUUGUUCUGUUCUCUCUGUUCUUGUAAUACAUGAAAAAAAUACAUUUUUAUACAUGAAAAAAAUCAAAUGAUCAAGACUAACGUUCAAAGGUGAUCUUGGCACUAGUUUUUCCUCCGCUCCUCUAGGCGGCGCAAGCGGGUUUCACCUUCAGUCCGACACCUUCAGCUGCUUGACAACAAGACGCUUGAUGACAGUCACAACAACACGUGCAGAUGACAGCUAUUAAUAUCAGUAUAAAAACAUGUUUUUCAGCUAAUCAGCAAAUGAAACCGACACACGGUCCGAUAAAACGCUGGAAUUGAGUGUCACGCGACUCACCUAAUAAGUGCUGUGCUGUGGAUUGUAAAGCUGGACAGACAGUGACUGUAAUGAUGGACAUCUGCUUGUGGACAGUAACUAUGCUGUACUUCUUGAGCUUCAUUCUGCUUCUAGAGAGUGUAGAAAAUGCACUUGUCAGUAAAACCAGCGCGAUCAGUGACGUCUCGGUGAGGUUGUUGGAUGGUACUGAUGCUUGUUCUGGAAGGGUCGAAAUUUACAAGGACAGCGACUGGGGCACCAUUUGUGAUGAAGGGCUAGACGAUGUCGAAGGCAACUUGGUCUGCUAUGAGGCAGGCUGCGGUCCUCUCAUAUCCAUACAGCCUAGUGCCUUCUUUAAAGAGGGUUCGGGAUCGGUACUGACGGAUGACCUAAACUGUUCUGGGAACGAGAGCUCGGUGCUCGACUGCAAUUGGGGGAACCACACCGAAGUGUGUGACCACACGAAAGAUGCUGGAGUCAUCUGUGACUCCACCCUUAGGUUACAAGGCGGCAGCGGCAUGUGUUCUGGGAGAGUGGAGAUUUUCCACGACAGACAGUGGGGAACGGUCUGCGGCACCACCUGGGAUCUUUUGGACUCAGUGGUGGUGUGUAAAGAACUUGGCUGUGGAAGCCCAGUAGCUUCAUACUACAAUGCUUAUUUUGGGAAGGGAGCAGGUCCAGUAUGGAUGGAUGGUGUCAGCUGCACUGGUCGUGAGAGUUUGCUGAAAGAUUGUGUGUUUAGCGUUUGGGGAGUGACCACUUGCACUCAUGCCAAUGAUGCUGGAGUCACUUGCUCAGCCAAUAUGAUGUGGUCCAUGCAACUCUUUUUGCUUCUGGGCUCCAUAAAUGUCACUACUGGAAUCAGAUUGGUCAAUGGAGACUCUUGUUCUGGACGAGUGGAGGUUCUUUAUAAUGGAAUAUGGGGAACAGUGUGUGAUGAUGGCUGGGAUCUAAAAGACGCUGCAGUGGUGUGUAGAGAGAUGGGCUGUGGGGAUGCGAUCGAGGCAAAGAGUGUUGCUUAUUUUGGACAAGGAUCAGGACAAAUAUGGAUGGAUGAUGUAAACUGUGAUGGCACGGAGUCCUCACUGAAGAACUGUAAGACAAAUGGAUGGGGAACACAUAACUGUGGACAUCAUGAAGAUGCUGGAGUCAUCUGCAACUCUGUCAGGUUGGUGAAUGGCAUCAACUCUUGUUCUGGAAGAGUGGAGGUUCUUUAUAAUGGAAUAUGGGGAACAGUGUGUGAUGAUGGCUGGGAUCUAACAGAUGCUGCAGUGGUGUGUAGAGAGAUGGGCUGUGGGGAUGUGAUCGAGGCGAAGAGUGCUGCUUCUUUUGGCCAGGGAUCAGGAACGAUAUGGAUGGAUGAUGUACAAUGUACUGGAAAUGAAUUUACCCUGAAAAGCUGUUCUUCAAAUGGAUGGGGAAUACACAACUGUAACCAUCAACACGAUGCUGGAGUCAUCUGCCAGUCUGUCAGGUUGGUGAAUGGAGACAACAAGUGCUCUGGACGAGUGGAGGUUCUUCGUGGCGGUCAGUGGGGAACAGUGUGUGAUGAUGGCUGGGAUCUAACAAACGCUGCAGUGGUGUGUAGAGAGAUUGGCUGUGGGAAUGUGAUUGAAACAAAGAGUGAAGCUUAUUUUGGACAAGGAUCAGGACCAAUAUGGAUGGAUGAUGUAAAUUGCGCUGGCACGGAGUCCUCACUGAUUAACUGUAGGACAAGUGGAAUAAAUGACUGUAGACAUUUUGAAGAUGCUGGAGUCAUCUGCAGCUCUGUCAGGUUGGUGAAUGGCAAUGACUUUUGUUCUGGAAGAGUGGAGGUUCUUCAUGACGGUCAGUGGGGAACAGUGUGUGAUGAUGGCUGGGAUCUAUCAGACGCUGCAGUGGUGUGUAGAGAGACGGGUUGUGGGGAUGCUAUAGAGGCAAAAAGUGCUGCGUAUUUUGGCCAGGGAUCAGGACCAAUAUGGAUGGAUGAUGUACAAUGUGCUGGGAAUGAAUCUAGACUGAAAACCUGUUCAUCAAAUGGAUGGGGAAUAUACAACUGUAACCAUCAACAAGAUGCUGGAGUCAUCUGCCUUACAGACAAAAUCAGACUGAUGAAUGGCAUUGACUCUUGUUCUGGACGAGUGGAGGUUCUUCGUGAUGGUCAGUGGGGAACAGUGUGUGAUGAUGGCUGGGAUCUAUCAGACGCUGCAGUGGUGUGUAGAGAGAUGGGUUGUGGGAAUGUGAUAGAGGCAAAGGGUGCUGCUUAUUUCGGCCAGGGAUCAGGACCAAUAUGGAUGGAUGAUGUGAAUUGUACUGGCACUGAGUCUUCACUGAUGAACUGUAGGACAGGUGGAUGGGGAACACAUAACUGCCAACAUUCCCACGAUUCUGGAGUCAUUUGUAACGGUGAGCCAAAAAUAUUAAUUUUAACUGUCAGGUUGAUAAAUGGUGACAACUCUUGUUCUGGAAGAGUGGAGGUUCUUUAUAAUGAAACGUGGGGAACAGUGUGUGAUGAUGGCUGGAAUCUAUCAGACGCUGCAGUGGUGUGUAGAGAGAUGGGCUGUGGGGAUGUGAUCGAGGCAAAGGGUGCUGCUUAUUUCGGCCAGGGAUCAGGACCAAUAUGGAUGGAUGAUGUGAAUUGUACUGGCACUGAGUCUUCACUGAUGAACUGUAGGACAGGUGGAUGGGGAACACAUAACUGCCAACAUUCCCACGAUUCUGGAGUCAUUUGUAACUGUGAGCCAAAAAUAUUCAUUUACAGCUAUACCUAUAUCAAUGAUUCAAAAAGCUGGAUUGAUGCACUAGGAUACUGCAAAACUCACCACCAGACACUGGCGCACAUUUUAAAUGCCAUGGCACACGAGUACAUCACACAGAUGCUGCAGGAUAAAGCAAUCACUGAUGGAGUGUGGAUCGGGCUUGAACGGAGUAUGCUCUUCAUUUGUUCGCCCUGGCUGUGGACCAGUGGGCCGUAUGUGGAGUAUGCAUCAUGGCAUCAAGAGUUUCCAAAGCACCCAGUGAGCAUGUUUUGUGGAAAACUUCUUAAGGAAGAACAGGACAGGUUUGGAUGGAUGGAUGCUUGCUGCCAUGAGCGCCUGCCUUUCAUCUGUCAGGGAUGA